UGCUGUGAAGCUCUCAAGCCAUUGGAGGGAAUGUUCCUGCUGCUUGCAUGGGCAAAAGCAACACAUAGAGGACAAAGAUCUUCCCUUCGCUGAGGAUAGUGGGAAGAGUUGCUGCAGGAGCGAUAAGAAAAUGCAUUUUGCACCAAAACUUGCAUGACAGUGAUGAUCGCCACAGCCAUCAGCAAAAAAACACACUUAUUUUCUUUUUUUCAUUUGAGCCUGUGAUCAUCAGUAAAGAAAAUGCAGAUUGUGUUGUGUGUCGCCGUGCUGCUUUACCUGAAGGAGUCUGAAGGCGCAGAGCCCAGUUCAAAGUGUCCCACGAGGUGUGACGUGAGUACAUGCCCAAGUCCCAGCUGCCCCGGUGGCUACGUGCCCGACCAUUGCAACUGCUGCCUGGUGUGCGCCCUGGUGGAGGGUGAGCCGUGCGGCCGCAAAGACGAUCUUCCCUGCGGGGACGGGCUGGAGUGCAAACACCCGACUAGCAAGCUCCUGCUCAAGGGCAUUUGCCAGUGCAAGCUGAGCCAAGAGGUGUGCGGCAGCAACGGCAAGACGUACGGAAACGCGUGCCAGCUGAAGGCUAACAGCAGGAGGGCGCUGCAGCAGGGACUCCCUGGAAUCAGCCAAGCACAAAGAGGAGCCUGUCAAACCAGCACAGGUCCGACACAUACUGUCAGUCCUCGAUACAAGUUCAACUUCAUCGCUGACGUCGUUGAGAAGAUUGCGCCAGCUGUGGUUCACAUAGAACUUUUCCUCAGGCAUCCUCUCUUUGGUCGGACUGUCCCUCUGUCAAGCGGAUCGGGCUUUGUGAUGUCAGAACAUGGCCUGAUCGUCACCAAUGCUCACGUAGUCUCUAGCACGACACCAGUGUCGGGUCAGCAGCACCUCAAGGUCCAGAUGCAUAAUGGUGACCUGUAUGAAGCAAACAUCAGAGACAUCGACAAAAAGUCAGACAUCGCCACCAUUAAGAUCAACCCUCAGACAAAGCUGCCAGUUCUGCUGCUGGGUCACAGUGCAGACCUGAGACCAGGUGAGUUUGUAGUGGCCAUCGGCAGCCCCUUCGCCCUCCAGAACACCGUCACUACAGGCAUCGUAAGUACCGCCCAAAGGGACGGCAAGGAGUUGGGCCUCAGGGACUCGGACAUGGACUACAUUCAGACAGACGCUAUAAUCAACUAUGGAAAUUCAGGAGGUCCUCUUGUCAAUUUGGAUGGCGAGGUGAUUGGCAUCAACACCCUGAAAGUGGCCGCAGGGAUCUCUUUUGCCAUUCCUUCAGACAGGAUCACUCUCUUCUUGAACGACUCCCUGGACAAGCACAGCAAAGAUGUCAGGUCGAUAAAGAAGCGUUUCAUUGGAAUCAGGAUGCUGACCAUCACAACAGCGCUAAUUGAAGAACUAAAACAACAGAAUCCAGACUUCCCAGAUGUUAGCAGCGGGAUCUAUGUCCACAAGGUAGUCCCCCAUUCACCGGCGCAGAAAGGUGGUAUCAAAGACGGUGACAUCAUCGUUAAGCUGAACGGCCGGCCACUAAUGACCACAGCCGACCUGCAGGAGGCGCUGCAGGAGGAGACGGCGCUGCUGCUGGAGGUCAGGAGGGACAACGAUGACCUGCUCUUCAACAUUGAACCAGACCUCAUCAUGCAAUAAAAGGCGCUUAGUGGGACUUGACGAGACCAACACAGAAGACAAAAUUUAGGCUUGCCAGCUCAGCACUUCCAAAAGUGCAAAAUACAUGAUUGCAUCAUUUUCACUGUCCUAAAAAUGAUUUUGCGACAUCUCAUGUUAGACAUUAAAUUGGGUGUAAGGAAAGAAUAAUUGGUUAUUUUUGCUGAAGAGGGUCAGUGACUUUCAAGUUGCACUAUAGACAGACAUUGGUAGAAAUGCCACAAACAUGUGGUCAAAUGUUGGAAAAAAAAAACAUUAAAGUGAAGUAAAUAUU